AUGAUUUUAAAAAGACAAUUAUGUACAACUAACCCAAAGUUAAACAAAAUUGUGUUACCUGAAUCUGUUCCAAAUUAUUCACGCACAACCAACAAACAUUUUCGAGGGACAUUGACAGCACCUACCACCAUUAUAUCCCCUUUCUACACGCCGACUAAUAUUGAUGGAUUAAGGUUUUUAAAUAGUGUUACAGUCAGAACACUAUUAGAUGGAGAAAAUGGAUUCACCGUUUUCAAGAGAAAUCCCGUCACGGAUAAUCUUUCACUGGAAAGAUCCAAGAUUUGGAUUAAAGCUAAUGGGAUCGAAAAGCAAGAUGAGUGGAUCUUAGAAUUGCAAGAUUUACAAGAAAAUUUAACAAAUAAAGAGUUGGAUCCGAUAAAAAAUAGUGAGUUGUUGGAUUUAUUGAGACAAAAUAAAUUUGAUAAUUUAAAUGGCAAUGUUUUUAAUUUCAAUGUAAAAUAUGAAAACGUUAAUAGUUUAAAUAUUAUUAUAGAUGAUAUUUUGAAGAAUGAUUCAUGUUCUUUUGUUGAAGAUAUUUUGUUGUUUUUACUACAAGACCAAGUAUUUUUUUCCAAAAAUUGUGAAAAUGUUAUUAAAUGCUGUUGCUAUCAUAUUGAAAACACAAUUGAUGAUAUUAAUGAAAUUAAUACACUAUUGGCACAAAUUUUUCAUUCCAUUCAUAUAAAUAAAGUUAAAAUUGACAACGAAUUGUUGGAUUGUCUAUUGAAAUCUAUAGAUUAUGUUUCACUUAACUAUGCAUCUAAAAAAAAACAACCUUUUGAAGCAUCUUUGUUACAAGAAGUUUGCAAAUUACAAAUUAUGGCUAAGAGAGUUAAUGACGUAAAGUCUUUGUUGCCUAGAUAUUUUCAAAUGGGGAAACUGCCUUCUUCCGAAAUUGUAGAGCAAUAUUUGCUAUUACUUAAUGAACUAAAGUUAUCCUUUGCUUUGAAAAAUUUUUAUAUUAAUGACUUGAAGCCUGCUUUUGUUAAAAUAUUAACGCCAAAUAUUACAAAUAUAUUGUUGAAUAGUGGAUACAUUGUACAUUUUAACCAAUUGAAAUAUUUGUUACUUAUGAUAUUAAACUCUAACUCUGCAGUGGCAAUAUUAAAAAGUAAUGCUGUAGGUCAGUCCCUGUUCAAUUUAGUUGGUAUAUUAACCCCUAAUGCUUUGGAAAAUUGUAAAAAUUUAAAAACAUUGUAUCAUUUUUUAUUAAAACAUUCUAAUGAGCUUACGCUUUCUCAAUCGUUUUUGAAAAAUUAUGCAUUUACUUGCGCAAAGAAUCAAAACUAUCUUGUAGUUUCCCAAAUAUUGCCCAAAUUACAAGUGGAUCCUAAUUUCGUAGGGGAAUUGUUUUUAACACCCUCAACUCAUACCCCCUCCUCCUUAACUGAUUUUUUUAAAUUAUGGAGAGAAGCAUUUUUUAAAGAUAGUGUUCUUCCUAAAUUUUUUAAAAUGAGUUCAAAAAUACAAGACGCUAUAUGGCAUAAUUUGAAAACAAAAAAUGAAAAAAACAUGUUGUUUAAAUAUAUCAUUGCUAAGGGACAUGAAAAUAUAUUACCAGGAUUAUUAAAAGAAACUUAUGUUAAAUAUUCCAAAUUAAUUGAAUUUUAUAAAAGUAACCGAAAAUAA